AUGCUGAACCAAACCUCAGUUACUGAAUUUCUCCUCCUGGGAGUGACAGACACCCAAGAACUGUGGCCUUUUCUCUUUGUGGUUUUCCUCACCAUCUACUUAGUCAAUGUCGUUGGGAAUGGAGCUAUCCUGAUGAUCGUCAUCUCUGAUCCAAGACUCCAUUCACCUAUGUAUUUCUUCCUGGGAAACCUAUCAUGUCUAGAUAUUUGCUACUCCACAGUGACAUUGCCAAAGGUGCUGGAGAACCUUCUCUCUACACACAAAGCAAUUUCUUUUGUGGGAUGCAUAAGCCAGCUUCAUUUCUUUCACUUCCUGGGCAGCACAGAGUCCAUGUUGUUGGCCGUCAUGGCCUUUGACCGCUUUGUGGCUAUCUGCAAGCCACUUCAUUACACUGUCAUCAUGAAUCAUCAGUGCUGUACCCAGAUGGCGAGCACAGUCUGGGUCAUUGGGUUUUUCCAUGCCCUGAUGCACUCCAUAAUGACCUCUCGCUUGGACUUCUGUGGUUCCAACCAUAUCCAUCACUUCUUCUGUGAUAUCAAGCCAUUGCUAGAGUUGGCCUGUGGAAACACUGAGCUCAACCAGUGGUUGCUCAAUAUUGUCACAGGGACCCUUGGUAUGGGCCCUUUCUUCCUCACGCUUCUCUCCUAUUUCUAUAUUAUCAUGUAUCUCCUCUACAAGACCCAUUCUUGCAACAUGCUUCACAGAGCACUAUCCACAUGUGCCUCCCAUUUCAUGGUAGUUAUUCUUUUCUAUGCCCCUGUUGUCUUUACCUAUAUUCAUCCUGCUUCAAGCAGCUCCAUGGACCAGGAAAGGAUCAUCGCCAUUAUGUACUCUGUGCUCACACCGGUACUAAAUCCACUGAUCUAUACUUUGAGGAACAAGGAAGUAAAGAGAGCCUUGAUCAGAGUGAUCAGAGCAAUCAGAGGGAAACUAUGA